AUGGUCGAAACGGCAUUCCUUCAAGCACUACGAGAUUCCGGUUGUGUCCUUGCUGUUGACGACAAUGACGCCCCAGCAGUAUUUGCUUGUGAGCCUGUGCUCUUUCGUCGCGACCUGUCAAUCAAGAUUCGCUCCGAUGCCCAAUACCCCAACAACUUGACGACCUUCUUUGAGAGCAUGAACGACACGUUAUUAGACUUGGAUACGUUUAGAAGGUUCCUCUUACCAGCAACGUUAUCCGAAGAAGCACGUCGAUCGACACGGAGCACCUCAUUCGAUAGCGUUGCAAAGACAUUACUACAAGUGGAUAUUCUUCAAAAGGAUCUUAUCGGUUACUUAUUGGAAAGAUUGCCCGAGUUUUAUGACGAGCUGGAAAACGACCAAUCGAGCACAUGUACUGCACGCCUUAUCCUACACCAAUUAAGAUGGUCCGAAUACAUCGUUGAUCCACAAGCCCUUAGUGGAAAGCUGAUCGAGAUCAUUCACAUUACGCCUCCUGUUAUCCAACAUGAAAUCAUCACUUCACUACCAGACAUUAUCAAUGAUACCGAACACAAGGCUAUGGUGGUGUAUUUGAAAGAGCUUAUGAACGAGAAUUCCGAGUUGACUGUACCCAUCCUUGACGCAUUAUCGAAUCUCACAUCGCAUUCGGAAAGCUUGGAAGAUGUGCGAGAUACAGUGUUGGACCGAUUGGAACAAGCUGAACAAGACGACCUUGCUGUUAUCCUCAAGUUUCUUUUACAAACUGUAUCACCGAAUACAAUCGACUUGGUCAUUUAUGGUAUCAGAGAGAAGCUCGAUUUCCGAUCUCUUAAAAGGCCUCAGAAUGCUCGGCAACGCACAGCCAACGCUGCACAAGGAUUGAUUUUGGAAUCCAUCAAGCAUGGCCUUCAAUUCCACAAAUAUGUCUGUGAUUCUUGGUUCAAGUCUAUAGCCGCAUUGGAGACCAAAGAUGCACACAAGGCUAUUGACGUGCUCGUGCUGGUUAUCCUUUAUUCCAUGACAUCCACCAAAAAGAAGGCAGAAGUUCUCUUUCGGAAAAAGAUCACUGGUGGUUUGAUCACUGCACGAUUGCUACAGGAUGUCAUCCUUCAUCAUGCUGAUGGCUUGACUGGUUAUUGGAACGCAAUUUUAUCGCUGGCCGAGAGUCUUUUGCGAUCCGCACAGCAAACCAAUGUCAUCGCUCCUUGUUCAAACGCCCUUUAUAUCAAUGCCUUCAAAUCCAGUGACGCUUAUCAUCGCCAGGAAAUUGUUGGCUCCCUUGUCACCCACAUUGGCAGUGGUUCAAUAUCCUUUUUCCUCUUUACCAUGAACAGCUACCACAACAUCCAUAUUGAGAUAUCACCUUAA